UCUACAAACCUCUCGGUACGGAAUCAUCAUAGGAUUCGAAAUCUUACUGUAUCAUUCGUUCCUCUUUGAUGCUGCCUACAUAUCGGGUCUCGGGGUGGAAGAAACCAUGGAGGGCGACGCUGGGCUUCAAUUCGCCAAAGUUGACGAAACUGGAAUUCCUUCUACCUUGAACCUGGAUGCAUUGUCCCGAUGGAGGGGUCGGAGAAUGUUGGUGUUAUGCUGGCAUGUACUGCUACUUCCAGCCUGGGAAUCCAAAUAGGCGGGGACAUGGGUCCUCGUCUGCUGGGCAAGGCGCAUGGCGCAUGGCGCGGGCAAGUAUUCAACAGGUUGCCCGAUGCCGCCAACACCUGCGAAAAUGGCAGCGGGACAGCGUCGACCCCCGUCAGAAAUCCCAAUGAUCAACAGGGUCGACGGGGCCAUUCUUGCUACUUUUUUACAAAUAUUGUGUCAACAAGGUGGGAAACAGUUCAACAGCCCAUAAAAACUACCCCAACUAUUCCGAUUAGCCUGCCGGGCCUAUUUUUUUGCAAAGCAACAACGAAGCCGAUCGGCCCAAAGAGAAAGAAAGGAAACCAUCCAUCGUUCCUGGCGCGGGUCCUGCGUCUCCUCGUCGGUGCAUUCCCUUUACCCCCCCAAUUCAAUCCCGCCCGUAGUCGCAACCUCGAGAAAAAAAGCUCGACUCGGACUCCAUCUUCAACAUCCACCUUCACCACUCAUUCCCCUCAAUCAAGACCUCACCAGCAACCAACAAUUGCUUCCUCUAAUUCCUGUGGAAAUCUGGAAGCCCGGGAGGAACUGAAGGUCAACAGGUACGUGGAAGCCAAUGUCAGAUUUAGCCUUCCUACGGGCUUUGCGGCCUUCACGUCAGCGCUCUGUCGUCCGAUAUGCUCUUUGCAGGAUUUCCCCCCCGGUUCUGUGACCAGCUCGGAGGUUCAGCUUGGCCUGCAAAGCCUCUUCUGUGUAUCCUCACUUCCUGCACUCGGGGUUCGCAAGGCAGGCACUGCUGAAAAUCGGAAAGACCCCAUCCUCGACGAGUGUGUCGGUGUUCAGGCGACUCAAUUCCGCCGUCAUUUGCCCUCAUUGAUUGGGAGCUUCUGAAUAGCUUCAUUUUUACCCUAACCCUUUCGUCCUAUCUCCCAAGUCCCAAGCUAACGGCUGCCCGCAACAGAAACAGCAUCCCAUCACAUUCAUCGAGCAACUGAGGACUUCAUUUCAGCACGAUGGCUACUCCUAACGGUGUUGACGGUGCAAAGGCAGCCGGUGGCCUUUCUGCCAAUGACAACAUCACCCGCUUCGCCGCCCCCAGCCGACCAUUGAGUCCUCUUCCUGAACACGCUCUUUUCAACG